GCGAUGAGGCUCGUUAGGUUCUUGAUGAAGCUGAGCAAUGAAAGUGUGGUCGUUGAGCUGAAGAACAGCACGGUGGUACAGGGAACUAUCACAGGUGUGGACAUGUCAAUGAACGUGCACAUGAAGAACAUCAAGUUCACCGUCAAGGGCAAGCCUCCUGUUUCCAUGGAUCACCUCACCAUCCGAGGAAACAAUGUGCGGUAUGUGAUCCUCCCUGAUAGCAUUCCGCUUGAUACCUUGCUGGUGGAUGAUGCCAAGCGUCUGCCGAAGGUGAAGUCAUUGGCAGGCCGCGGUCGUGGCAGGGGACGUGGCCGUGGCGCGAAGAAGAAGUGAGCCUGAGCAUCGCUUUCUGCGUAACAGUAGACACAAUCUGGAAAGGAAGAAUGGUAAUGACAGGGUUGGGC